GCAGCAAGAAGACGGUCUCAGACGGGCCUGAAGAGGAGGCCCAGAAGGACAAGAGCUUUGAGGAGAAGGCCAAGCGCUUGAAGGCAGCUGUGGCCAAGGAUUUGGAGACCGAGUCUGAGACCGAGGCGAAGACUGCCUCGGCGCCGGCGGCAGCGGCGGCGAAGCCCACAGAUCCGGACGCCAUCCUCCCUGCCCCCCUAUUCGAGAACCUGAAUUUGAGCUCCGACGGGGAGAAGCCGGACCCCAACACCCCUGGCGGCGUCUACGUCCACUGCGCCAUGGGCAAGUCCCGCUCCGUCUCCGCCAUCGUCGCCUACCUCCUCUGGAAACACCCCUCCCGCUUCGGCAGGUCCGCGACCUCCACCGCCGCCGCGCAAAAUGGCGCGUCAAGCGGGGCACCCAAGUCCGCUGACGAAGCCGCGGCAGCGCAAGAGAGGGCUGCGGCCGCCGUCACCGCCGCCGUGAAGUGGGUUCGCAACACGCGGGAAAUCGCGGAGCCGAAUUCGGGCUUCAUGAAGCAACUCGAGAUGUGGUGGAUCAUGGGGUGCCCUGACGACGUGGCGUCACACCCGAUCUACAAGCGGUGGGAGUUCCGGAGGGAGAUUGACGAGAGCCUUGCGGCAGGCCAGGCACCCACGAAGCUGCGGUUCGAGGACGAGGAGACGAGCAAGGAGGAGGCGGAGAGCGUCAAGGGUAUGGAGGUGCGGUGCAAGAAGUGUCGCAAGACGCUGGCUACGUCACGGUUCGUGCUCGAUCACGAGCCUGAUGCCCCCAGAGACCCGCGGCAGCAGCAGCAGCCGUGCGGACACGUCUUUGUGGAGCCGCUGGGGUGGAUGAGGGAGGAGCUGGAGAAGGCGACGUUGGAAGGGCGGUUGUCGUGCCCAAAUCAGAAGUGCGGUGCCGCCGUGGGCAGGUAUAGCUGGCGGGGGUUCCGGUGCAGUUGCGGCGGGUGGGUUACGCCGGGGUUCAGUCUGCAAAAGGGGCGUGUGGAUGAGGUUGCUACGAGGGUUCCUGGAGGCGCGGUGGCGAUGGGGAUUCGGAUGCCGCCUGGUUCGGGGAGGUUAUAGAAGGGGAUUGUCGAUCAAGGCUUGCGGCUAGAGCUAGAGGCUAGAGGCUAGAUUGGGAGGAUACAUGGAGAGAGAGAGUGUGUGUGUGUUUGGUAAAGCGUUGCAAGAGGGGAUGGUUCUGCCUGGAGUUGAGGGGGAAGGAAAGGAUUACAUGACAUAAACGGUUGCAUCAGCCUGGUACAUGGCAGGGUUCCUAGAUGGCAUAGAGAACUUAUUCCGAAGAUUCUCGCUGACUGCGGGUUAGGAA